AUGCUUCACAUUCGACGAAACACAGGUCGAAUAUUUCGAUGUCUACGACCCGCUUUUGCCAGCUCGCAGCGACUAGCCUGCGCCCCGGCCGUAAAUGUGAUCGACAGGGCACAGUGCUCUCAGUCUUACGGCGUCACCAUCUCUAGAAGGUUUUAUUCCAGCAAUCCGGCGGAGGGCGGCGAAAAUGGCGAUCAAGCACCCAAGUCCAACGAACCGCCAGAAGAAAUUGAGACUUCCCUCGUGCAGUCCGAGUUUAACGAGAUCGAAAAAGCCAAUAUACCAGAAGACUUUCCGGACGUGCCGAUUCUUGCCGUCAGUCGGUAUCCCCUAUUUCCAGGAUUCAUCAAGAAAGUUGAUAUAACGAAGGAUGCUACUUUGAAAAAGCUAAUUCGAAAGAGGGUCGAUUUACGGCAGCCAUACGUUGGCGUUUUCUUGAAAAAGGACAACGAUAACCGCGCAGAAGUGAUGCAUUCCAUCUCCGACAUUCACAGCGUCGGCACGUUUGCACAUAUCUUGGAGAUGCGCGAGAAUGGGCCUGUUAUGGAAUUGGUACUCUCUGCACAUCGUCGGAUUCGAAUGAUGCACGCCAUUGAACAGAGUGAAAUCGACAAACAGCAAAAGCCCACUGUUAAUCAACGACGAUCCGGCAACAAAGGAAGGGGUGCUAUCGGAAAAGCGGCGCAGAUCGUGAACCCAGUGACGACCGAGACAAGUGCGGGCGCGGAGACAGCGGAAGCGGUGGAAGACGAGAAGCAACCCCUGCUUUAUCUGGGACAUACGGAAAAUUUCAAGCAUGUUCCGGCCUCGAUACAAGAUGAUAAAACUAAGGCAACGAUGCAAGCCAUCGUGCAGACGAUCCGCCAAAUCGUGGCCCUAUCCCCAUUAUUUGGGCAACAAAUCCAUCUCCUCCUCCACCCCUCCAAUAAUGUCUCCGAGAAUCCGGUCUAUCUUUGUGAUCUGGUAGCCACCCUGGUGCAGUCGUCAAAUCCUGAAGAGCUCCAGAAGAUGAUGGAGGAGCCGUCGGUCUACCAACGUCUCAAUCUUGCUCUCCACUUGGCCCAAAAAGAAAAGACUGUCGCCGAAUUGAAGCAUUCCAUUACCAAAGAUGUUGAAAAACGUGUCCAGGAACAACAUCGAAAAUAUCUGCUUCAGGAACAGUUGAAAAUCAUCAAAAAAGAGCUGGGCAUGGAGAAAGACGACAAGGCCACGAUACUGGAUCGCAUUGACGAGAAGCUGAAGAAGCUGACGGUCCCCGAACAUGCGAUGAAGGUCAUCACCGAGGAGAAGAACAAGAUCCAAUUUCUGGAGCCCCAUUCGUCUGAAUUUUCAAUUUCCAGAAAUUACCUGGAUUGGCUGUCGAGCGUCCCGUGGGGUGUGCACAGCAAAGAAAACACCGAUUUGACGGUUGCGAAAACGAUUCUCGACGCGCGCCACUACGGGAUGAAAGACGUCAAGGAGAGGAUUUUGGAGUUUAUCGCAGUCAACAUUUUAAGAAAAAAGGUUGGCGGCAAGAUCCUUUGUCUGCAUGGACCACCCGGUGUCGGCAAAACGUCGAUCGCCCGCUCAAUCGCUGAAGCGCUGGGCAGACAGUACUUCCGAUUUUCCGUUGGCGGUAUGACUGACGUGGCCGAGAUCAAGGGCCAUCGGCGAACAUAUGUGGGAGCGAUGCCCGGAAAGAUGAUACAAUGCUUGAAGAAGGUGGGCACCGAGAAUCCGCUCGUGCUCAUCGACGAGGUGGACAAGAUUGGCGGCGCCGGCUUCCACGGCGACCCGGCUUCUGCUCUCCUUGAACUGCUCGACCCCGAGCAGAACGCCAACUUCAACGACCAUUUCCUGGACGUGCCCGUCGAUUUGAGCCAAGUCCUCUUCAUCUGUACGGCCAAUGAGGUCGAUCGUGUCCCUGGACCGCUGAAAGACCGGAUGGAACUACUCGAUGUCAGCGGCUACCUGGCUGAGGAAAAGCUCGCCAUCGCCCAGAAUCAUCUCGUCCAGCAGGAGCGCGAUUCAACGUCUCUAAACGCGGAUCAACUCUCAAUAACUCAAGAGGCCCUCGAGAUCCUCAUCAAAUCGUACUGCCGUGAGAGUGGCGUCCGUAAUUUGCAAAAGCAAGUCGAGAAGAUUUUCCGGAAGGCCGCCUUGAAAAUCGCCGAGCGCCCCGCUGAAGAUCCGGCUGGAAUGAUUGAGGUGAACGCCGAUAAUUUGGAGGAUUUUGUCGGCCGACCCAAGUACAUUUCCGACCGACUGUACGAAACGACACCACCUGGGGUGGUCAUGGGAUUGGCCUGGACGGCGAUGGGCGGCUCGGCCCUCUACAUUGAAACGGUGCUGAAGAAGCGGAACGUCGAUGAGAAGAGCGACAAGGACGGCUCGCUUGAGGUGACCGGAAACCUGGGCGACGUCAUGAAGGAGAGCGUCCGCACGGCGCUGACUGUGGCCAAGGGGAUUCUGUCGAAGGAGAAGCCCGAAUCCCAGUUCUUCGAGAAGGCCCACAUUCAUAUCCAUGUACCGGAGGGAGCCACCCCUAAAGAUGGGCCCUCAGCCGGUGUGACGUUGGUCUCAUCUCUUCUUUCGUUGGCUCUCAACAAGCCGGUGGCUCAGCAGUUGGCGAUGACGGGCGAGAUCUCGCUGACUGGAAAAGUGUUGCCGGUCGGCGGAAUUCGGGAGAAGAUUAUUGCUGCCCGCCGCGUCGGCUGCACUCGUGUCUUCCUUCCAGCUGAAAACAAACGAGACUUUGCCGACCUUCCCGACUACAUCAGAAAAGAUCUACAAGUCCAAUUUGUGCAGCAAUACGAAGAACUGUUCGAGCAUCUCUUCGAG